UUCGGAGACCAAACAGCCUCAUCAAUGCACAAGUUAGAUUCAAUUACACAGAGACGAGGAAAAACCUGAAGAUUGACUCGAAUACUAAAGUCAUCUGUCAGGGAUUCACUGGUAAACAGGGAACUUUCCAUUGUCAACAGGCGAUUGACUAUGGGACAAAAGUCGUGGGGGGUGUUAACCCGAAAAAAGCUGGAACUGAACACUUGGGAAAGCCUGUUUAUAAAACAGUGAAGGAGGCGAAAGAUGCAACAGGUGCAACAGCCUCUGUCAUCUAUGUGCCACCACCAGCUGCAGCAGCUGCCAUCAUGGAGGCACUCGAUGCAGAAAUGCCUCUAAUUGUUUGCAUAACUGAGGGAGUUCCUCAGCAUGACAUGGUUAAGGUUAAAAGACGGUUACUUGAGCAGAAUAAAUCAAGACUUAUAGGGCCUAAUUGUCCAGGUAUCAUCGCACCAGAACAGUGUAAAAUUGGUAUCAUGCCAGGACAUAUUCAUCAGAAGGGGAAAAUUGGUAUCGUUUCAAGGUCUGGGACGCUGACGUACGAGGCUGUGAAUCAAACAACUUUGACUGGACUGGGUCAGUCCCUUUGUGUUGGGAUCGGUGGUGAUCCUUUCAAUGGCACAGACUUCAUUGACUGCUUGGAAGUAUUUCUAAGGGAUCCUGGUACCGAUGGGAUCAUCAUGAUUGGAGAAAUCGGUGGUAGCGCUGAGGAAUCUGCUGCUGAGUACCUCAUCGAACAUAACACUGGAGCGAAAGCUAAACCAGUCGUUUCAUUCAUCGCUGGAAUCACUGCCCCGCCUGGUCGUAGAAUGGGCCACGCUGGUGCCAUCAUCUCAGGGGGUAAAGGUGGAGCUCAGGAUAAAAUUAAUGCCCUCGAAAAGGCCGGUGUAAUCGUGACAAGGAGUCCUGCACAAAUGGGCCGAGAGCUCCUCAAAGAAAUGAUGCGUCUUGGUCUGGUGUCUAAGUAAUCAUUGAAAAGCCAAUUAACAAAUAAAAAAAAAAGAAAAUAAAACUCCAAGACUCUCUGUAAAAUGAUGUAGUUAUUUGUGUCGUGUAUCCUCUGAUUAUCAAAUAAGUCUUUUCUCUGUUGAAAAACUGCAACGAUUAAGGAAAAAAAUAUUGACACGAUUGUUGUUCAAUAAGCGAUAGCAAAAUUAACAUUAAUACGGACAACAUUUAAUAAUCAAGUCAAGUACCUAAAUUCAAGCAUCAAGGACGACCGUUCAAAUUGUACAGAGGUUUACUGUUAUAUGAUAUAAUACGAUUAAUGAAAGUAACUGGAGAUUAUCAUCAUCAUGAUUUAUUUCAUUCUAAUGAACAGCUCCUGUAGCCCACACAUGCUUUCAUACUCGACAUUGCCAGAGAUUUAAUCAGUCAACGUCAGGAAACAGACCAUAAUUAUAUGUACUGUUAUUUAAUUAUUACAAUGCGCUUAUUGUAAGUCAUGUUGAAAAAAGAUAUUGAAAAUAAAUCAGUAAUUUGAAAAAUUCUUUGAUAUUUUCAAUGAACAUUAAGGUCUAGUUGGAGGUUCUUUUAAUCCCUAAAUUUGUUCCUUUUUUUGGCUUGAGAUAUUCCGAAAUUGUCGCAUGCCAUCACAUGUCCUCAAAAAUUGCAAGUGUAUAAUAAAAAACGUGAGCUAAAUUGAACACUUUGUAUGAGGGAUUUUUAAUUAAUGUUUGGCAAAAAGUUGAAUGAGAGGAAAACAGUUAAUUAAUAACUUACCGUAAACAAUAGUUAUUACAUUGUCGUUGCCUCUAGCCAAUUGUCCUUUAACUGCUUCAUUGACUACAAAAAUUACGUUGCUUUCGGAAAUUCAUUAUUAUGAACAUUUAAAGCUU